ACAUACAAACUUAUGUAUAUUUAUGCAAAAAUUAAGAGCUCAGAUAAAAGGAUUAACUUAAAAGUUAAAAAAUAUUCGAGGAUUGUUAAGGAAAUGAAUUUACAAUAUUUUCGAUUACUUCUUGUUCGAUAUAUCGUUUUUAUAGCAUUCAAGGAUAAUUAUGUUUGGACAAAAAAUUCAACACAUGAAAACAAUGGACUUCACCAAAUUUCUGGAAUCUGUCAAUUGUAUAAUGGAACGAUUUGUAAUGAGUUUUUAAGAAACUCUCACGUUUUUAUAUCGCCUAAUGUUACCAUCAAUGACUUAGAGGAUCGGUUAAAGGCGGCUUAUGGAGUUAUAAAAGAAUCAAAAGAUAUGAAUUCAAAUUGCCGAAAAUAUGCACUGCCGAGCUUAUGCUUGAGCUCUCUUCCAAUUUGUAGAACUCCAGAACGAACAAAUUUAUUGUACUUUGCCAAUGUUGCAAUGAUUACAAACAAAUACAGUGGAAAUGAGACACGAAAAAAAAGAUUUCUUUUAAAAGAUCCUAAAAAUAGACAUUCAUUUCUUAAAAAAAAACCAGUUUAUUACAACGAUGUAUUUACUAAUGAUGUAUCAAGCAAAUAUCCACCGACUAAGGAAUCUGAAAACUUAAAACGAAUUUGUCGAGAAGAAUGUGAACUUUUAGAAAAUGAGCUUUGCCAAAAAGAGUACGCUAUUGCGAAACGACAUCCGGUAAUUAGUGUAGUAGGAGUUGAAGAGUGUGAAAAAAUACCACGAGAAAAAGAUUGCUCCUCAUUGGGAAUUACUAUUGAAGUAGACGAUGCUGAAGAUUGCUAUUGGGAGGAUGGUUCGAGUUACCGAGGAAUUGAAAACGUCAGUAUAUCGGGAAAGCCGUGCCUCAGAUGGUCGUGGUUGAUGAAGGAAAUUUCGGACUUUCCAGAACUUAUAGGACAAAACUAUUGCAGGAACCCAGGAAAAGUUGAAAAGAACCCGUGGUGUUUUGUAGAUGACCAAUCUUUAGAUAGAAGUAUUGAACCUUGCAAUAUUCCAAAAUGUGUCGAUAAGCUCUGGCUAACAAUAAUUUCAAUAUUGGGGUUGACAGCUGUAGCUGUUAUCCUAACUUCAGUUCUUAUUUUAAAAAAGAAAAGUUCUCGUGGAAUGAAAAAUAUACAAAGUAUUAAUACUCCAAACGCCGGAAAUAAUAUAUAUGGAAAUUCACAAUUAAACUCAAACCAAGAUACAGGAAGAAUGACUUUAAAUAGUUCCAUUGAACUUGUAGGAAUACCAUCUAAAAGUAUGGAAAAAAAUUCACUUUUGCGAAUACCACACUUUACAUUACAAGAUGUAGAGUUCUUUGAAGAAUUGGGCGAGGGAGCAUUUGGAAAAGUAUAUAAAGGACAACUAACGCAACCCAACAAAAAAAUUGUAAAUGUUGCCAUUAAAGCAUUAAAAGAAAACGCCUCAGUUAAAACACAACAAGAUUUCAGGCGUGAGAUUGAAUUAAUAUCAGAUCUUAAGCACCAAAACAUUGUUUGCAUACUUGGGGUGAUUUUAAAUAAAGAGCCUUACUGUAUGCUUUUCGAAUACAUGGCUAAUGGUGACUUGCAUGAAUUUCUAAUAUCAAAUUCGCCUAUUGAAAAAAAAACAUUAUUACAAUUGGAAUUUCUACAAAUAGCAAUACAAAUAAGUGAGGGAAUGGAAUACUUAUCAGGACAUCACUAUGUUCAUCGUGAUUUAGCUGCUCGAAACUGUUUGGUCAAUGAAGGUUUGAUUGUAAAAAUUUCUGAUUUUGGAUUGUCACGGGAUAUUUACAGUUCUGAUUAUUACAGGGUGCAAUCAAAAUCGUUACUUCCUGUUCGGUGGAUGCCCUCCGAGUCUAUUUUAUAUGGAAAAUUUACUACUGAAAGUGAUAUAUGGUCUUUUGGAGUUGUUCUUUGGGAAAUAUAUAGUUAUGGAAUGCAGCCGUAUUGUGGGUACAGCAAUCCAGAGGUAAUACAUUUAAUAAGAUCGCGCCAAUUACUCUCUUGUCCAGAAAAUUGCCCAACGGCGGUGUAUUCUUUAAUGAUGGAAUGUUGGCAUGAACAAGCUGUAAAACGUCCGACAUUUUCAGACAUAUCGCACCGAUUAAAGACUUGGUAUGACGGUCAUGUUAAGAUCAGUAACCAAAAUAUUUAAUAAAUACAUUUGAUAUCUAAGAAACCUUUCGAUUUAUUUUGAUCUGACCGUUUUGUAAAGUAUUAAGUAAUAAGCAGUAAUAAGUAAAAAAUAAAAAUAUGGAAGGUAAUUAUGUUGAUAACGAAUCAAUCAUCGAAAUAAAUAGAAUAU